AUGAACGGUGACAACCGCUUACCUGAGGAUCCUCUCACCACAGAUGCCAACGCAGUUCCUCAAUCUGCACUUCCUGAACCCAAUACCUCAGCCUUCAUACCUCUCAUGCCAGGCGCUGGCGACCUCAACGGCUUUAUUCCAACGAUGGACGCGAGUUUCGGCAACAUGGCACUUCCUCUCAACGGCGUCCAGCCUGGAAUGCUUCCGACUGCGCAGACAGGAACCAUAUCCGCCGAUGAGAUAGCCCUAUACGACAGACAAAUCCGACUGUGGGGAAUGCAGGUUCAACAAAGAUUGCGUCAAGCGAACGUUCUCCUCAUAGGAAUGAGAGGUCUCGGCAACGAAAUCGCAAAGAAUCUUGUUCUGGCGGGCAUUGGGACGUUGACAAUCCUGGAUCAUGGACUGGUGACGGAAGAAGACCUGGGAGCUCAGUUUCUCAUCACAUCCGCUCAUAUCGGUCAAAAUCGGGCAGAGGCGGCUCUACCAGAACUGCAGAAACUCAAUCCUCGAGUUGAACUCUACACAGACCCAGACGACAUCAAGGAGAAAUUGCCAGAGUAUUUCCACUCAUUCGACAUCACAAUUGCAACGGGGUUGACGAUGGACGUACUAUGCAACAUCAACAUGGCAUGUCGAGGCUAUGGUCGGAAAUUCUAUGCCGCAGAUACCCAUGGCAUGUACGGGUUCAUCUUCGCAGACCUUUGUGUCCAUGACUUUAUGGUUGAGAAGCCACGCAGCAACAAGCCUACAAAGAUUGGCGACAUGGAGACACCCACGAGAUGUGUGAUUGCCGUUGACUCGAAGAAAGAGGGCGAUACCAUAACCGACAUUGUCACAUAUCAGGAGACGUACACACCUUUGCAGUUGGCCAACCUGUCACCUCUGCCUGCAAGAUCAAGAAACACUCGCCGAAGCAAGAUGCGAGUGACGCCUCUUCUCUCCUGCCUACGAGCAUUGUUUGAUUUCCAGAGCCAGAGUGGUGGUCAUCUCCCAGUCAUCCAGAGACCAGCCGACCUGGCCAUGUUCACAAGACUUUCAAAUCAAAAGCAUCUUGAACUCGAGCUGCUUCCAGAGACUUUGAGAGCAGAUUUCCUGCGAAGCUUCCUUCAGAAUCUCGGAGCCGAACUCAGCCCAGUGGUGGCGUUUCUAGGAGGAUAUUUGGCACAAGACGUGAUCAAUGUUCUUGGCCAGAAAGAAGCGCCUCUUCAGAAUUUUCUCUUGUUCGACGGCGACGACUUCACUGCAGCUCAAUACAGCCUGCAUGCCAUUAAUGAUGACGCUAUGGCAAUGAUGAAUACGAAUGGGGCUCCGAUUCUGCCUGGACCGGUGUUGGUCGAUGGCGCAGUGGCCGUCGACUGA